GAGAUGAUUACAUUGUACCGGGCUCGGGGCGGCCACAGCCACAGCCGCAGCCGCAGCUACAGCCGCGGGAUGGGGCGAGGGCGCGGAACCCGCGGACAGCGGGAGCAGCCGCCGCCUCAGUGACUGAGUCCGAGCCACCGCCCCCCGCGCGCUCGUCGGCCCUCAGCUCAUGCACCCGCCGAGCGGCGGCAGCAGCGGGAGAAGCAGCCGUCCCCGCCCCCGCCCGAGGAGCUGAGGCCGGAGUCCCGGCGGGCGGGCGGGCAGCGUGGGGCCGCAAAGAGCGCGUCGAGCACGGGGCCGGCGCUCCCGCCGCCACCGUCGGGAGAUGUGCCCAGAGGAAGGCGGUGCGGCCGGGCUGGGCGAGCUCCGCUCCUGGUGGGAAGUCCCGGCCAUAGCGCACUUCUGCUCGCUCUUUCGCACGGCGUUCCGCCUGCCCGACUUCGAGAUCGAGGAGUUAGAAGCAGCUCUUCACAGAGAUGAUGCAGAGUUUAUUAGUGACCUGAUCGCCUGCUUGCUUCAGGGCUGCUAUCAACGAAGGGAUAUCACGCCUCAGACAUUCCACAGCUACCUAGAGGACAUCAUUAACUACCGCUGGGAACUGGAGGAAGGGAAACCCAACCCGCUGAGAGAAGCCAGUUUCCAAGACCUGCCUCUUCGUACGCGUGUGGAGAUCCUACACCGCCUCUGUGAUUACCGGCUAGAUGCAGAUGAUGUCUUCGAUCUUCUCAAGGGUCUAGAUGCAGACAGUCUCCGCGUGGAGCCAUUAGGUGAAGAUAAUUCUGGGGCACUAUAUUGGUAUUUCUAUGGAACUCGAAUGUACAAGGAGGACCCAAUACAAGGAAAAUCCAACAGAGAACUCUCUUUGAGCAGGGAAAGUGAAGGACAAAAAAAUAGCUCAGGCAUUCUUGGGAAAACAGGAAGAAGAAGAGGAAGACCCCCCAAACGGAAGAAACUACAGGAGGAGAUUAUAGUGAGUGAGAAGCAGGACAAAAAUUCCAUGGCAUCUGAGCCACAGACAAGAAAUGGGCCAGGUCAAGGCACUUGGUGGCUCCUGUGCCAAACAGAAGAAGAAUGGAGACAGGUCACUGAGAGUUUUCGAGAGAGGACCUCCCUUCGAGAACGGCAGCUCUAUAAGCUCCUCAGCGAGGAUUUCCUACCCGAGAUCUGCAACAUGAUUGCCCAGAAGGAGACUCCUAUGAUUACCAGAAUAGAAAAACAGAAGCGCAAAGAGGAAGAAGAAGAACGUCAACUUCUUAUAGCAGUGCAGAAGAAGGAGCAAGAGCAGAUGCUAAAGGAAGAGAAGAAAAGAGAGUUGGAGGAAAAGGUCAAGGCAGUGGAAGACCGAGCUAAGAGGAGAAAGCUCAGGGAAGAAAGGGCAUGGCUGCUGGCUCAAGGCAAGGAGCUCCCCCCAGAGCUUUCCCACCUGGACCCUAAUUCCCCCAUGAGGGAAGAAAAAAAGACUAAAGACCUCUUUGAGUUGGAUGAUGAUUUCACUGCUAUGUAUAAAGUUCUAGAUGUGGUAAAGGCUCACAAGGAUUCCUGGCCCUUUUUAGAACCUGUGGAUGAAUCUUAUGCCCCAAACUAUUAUCAGAUUAUUAAGGUACCAAUGGAUAUUUCAAGCAUGGAGAAGAAACUAAAUGGAGGUUUAUACUGUACCAAGGAGGAAUUUGUAAAUGACAUGAAGACAAUGUUCAGGAAUUGUCGAAAAUAUAAUGGGGAAAGUAGUGAGUAUACCAAGAUGUCGGAUAAUUUAGAGAGGUGUUUCCAUCGGGCAAUGAUGAAGCAUUUUCCCGGCGAAGAUGGAGACACAGAUGAAGAAUUUUGGAUCAGAGAGGAUGAAAAGCGGGAGAAGAGACGGAGUCGGGCUGGGCGAAGUGGUGGAAGCCACAUUUGCACCCGCUCCAGGGACUCCGAAGGGCCCAGCAGGAAACAGCAGCCUGUGGAGAAUGGAGGAAAAUCAUUGCCACCUGCACACAGAGCUCCCUCCUCUGAGGCUGGUCAGAGCGGCAGCUCUACACAGCUCCCUCAGGAGGUGGGCACACCAAGUAACCAAGGCCUUCCUCGUCCCCUGCAUUAUGGUGGGAUGCCCAACCAGGCACCCCUUUUAAGCCAGCUGAGGCCAGCAGUACCUGGAACAUUUGGCCAUCUUCGAGGGUCAGAUCCUGCUAAUGUAUAUGUCUCCUCGAGAGUCCCAGAACCACACCCUGGGGAGCCUGCGCAGCAGCAUCCACCUUUUGCCUUGCAGCCUCCAGUUGGAAUUAACAAGCAUCGAGGACCCAGGCUGGGCAUGCCCGAAGAGAAGCAAAUGUGUGGGGGGUUGAGGCACCUUUCUAACAUGGGAUCACAUCCUGGUUCCUUGCCUCUUGGGCAGAUGAGUGGCCCCAGUCAGGAUAGAAAUAUGUAUCCCCCAACUCAAUUCCAGCCAGGAUUUAUUCCUCCCAGGCCUGGGGGGAUUCCAGCCCGACCCCCAGACUUUCCUGAAAGCUCAGAAAUUCCUCCCAGCCACAUGUACCGAUCAUACAAGUACCUGAAUCGAGUAUACCCUGCUGUCUGGAAUGGGAACCACAGUACUACAAACCCAAGACCCUUAGGGCCAGAUGAAAAGCCCCUCAUGGGGCCAGGACCGUCCCACCUGCCUCACACUCUUGGUCACAUGAUGGAUUCCCGAGUGACGAGACCACCUCUUCCUCCAAACCAGUGGACUGAACAAUCAAGCUUUCUACCUCAUGGCAUUCCUUCUUCAGGGUACAUGCGACCGCACUGUAAAUCCGGUGGGCAUCGGUUACAGCCACCUCUAGCACCCAGUCCCCUGUUUGGAGCACCCUCCCAGGUUCUGAGAGGGGUGCAAGGAGGGGACUCCAUGAUGGACAGCCCAGAGAUGAUCGCCAUGCAGCAGCUUUCCUCACGUGUUUGCCUGCCCGGUGUGCCUUACCACCCCCGACAGCCUGCUCCCCCACAUUUACCUGGCCCUUUUCCACAGGGAGCUCACUCAGCAUCAGUUAGUGUGUCAGCCCCCAAGCCUGCCUUGGGGAACCCUGGGAGGACACAGGAUAACAGUGAAAUAGAAGAGCCUGAAAAUGACCGAGCAGAUCCCUUACCUGAGCUUGAGAAGCCACCAAGCGUUGGUGCCUCAGAGGGGGUAUACCUCAAACAACUACCUCACACUACACCGCCCUUACCGACCAACUGUACCAGGCAGAGUUCGCCACAAGAAAGGGAAGCAGAGGGCCCAGAGCUCAAAAAUGACUCCUCAGCAUCUGAAAACAACUGUCAGGCAACAAAGGGCAAAAAUGCCUGGCCCUCGGAGAGUGGCUACAUCAGCCCAGGAGCCCAGGGGUGUAUGAGGGACCUCUCCACUCUGGCAAAUAGAGGAGCUCUGCCUGAAAAUGGAGUGGUGGUUGAAGUACCCACUUGUGGAUCAGAAGGGAAGGGCCUUGGUGGUAGUGGUACAGAAAAGCCACUCUGCCCCAGAGGUAAAACAUUGCAGGAAACCAUUUCGUGUUCAGGACAGAACCCAGCUACACCUCCCAAUGCAGACCCCAAUUUGAUGGAAAGCACUGUCAGUCAGUUUUCUCCCUUGUACAUGCCUGGCCUGGAAUACCCAAAUUCAGCUACACAUUAUCACAUCAGUUCAGGCCUACAAGGUCUUGGCCCUGUGAUGGAAGGUAAACCUUCAGUAUCACAUCUUCAGCAUUUUUCCCCGAGGGGCUUUCAUUCUAACAGCCCUCAUUCUGGAGUCUUUCCCCAUUAUCGCCCCCACCAAGGAAUGAGAUAUUCCUACCAGCCACCACCUCAGCCUUCCUACCAUCACUAUCAGCGAACUCCUUAUUACACAUGUCCACAGGGCUUUUCUGAUUGGCAGAGACACCUUCAUCCCCCGGGAAGCCCAAGUGGGCUCCCACCUAGCCAGCCUCCCCCUCCAAGACCCCUCUUCUCAGAUAAGAAUGCCAUGGUUAAUCUACAAGGCUGUGAGACACUAAAUGCUGCCUUAACUUCCCCAACCUGCAUGGAUGCAGUGGCUGCUAAGGUCGGUGCAACUGAUGGGCAGAAUCCUGGUCCAGAGGAAGAGAAGCCAGAUGAAUCAAUGGAGAGGCCAGAGAGUCCCAAAGAAUUUUUAGACCUGGACAACCAUAAUGCAGCUACCAAGCAACAGAGUUCGUUGUCAGCCAGCGAGUAUCUUUAUGGGACUCCGCCUUCACCUCUGAGUUCAGGGAUGGGGUUUGGUUCAUCUGCUUUCCCACCUCAGGGUGUGAUGCUACAAACAAGGCCUUCCUAUACACCUCACCAGCCGGCCAGUCAUCUCCAGCCCAGGGCAUAUUCUUCCCCUGUGGCUGCUCACCCACCUCACCAUCCAGUGGCUGCCCAGCCCAACGGCCUCUCUCAGGAGGGCCCCAUCUACCACUGUCAGGAAGAGGGCCUGGGCCACUUUCAGACUAUAAUGAUGGAACAAAUAGACACUGGAAGUGGAAUAAGGGGACCUUUUCAAGAAACAUACAGACCAUCAGGAAUGCAAAUGCAUCCAGUCCAGGCACAGUCCUCUUUCCCAAAGACCCCAGCACCAGCAACAUUGCAGGAAGAGCUGCCACCACAUAAGCCCCCAACACUCUCUCUUGAUCAGAGCUAGUCCAAGGAGGAAAUAACCCCUAAGAAAACAGAAAGCUGCACAUGAAUACUGGAACAUGGAGAAUUUCGGGGAACACUCCUCGCCCAUCUUUAUUCCUGUCACCCUGCCGUGCCCCCUCACAGUGUACCACCUCAUGCCAUCCAGGAGCUGGAGCCAUGCCCACAGCCCUAGAAUCACUCUGCUCAAAUAACUUAACACACAGCUUGCAAGAGUCCUGGUCAGACAUCUCUUGCAUGGCUGGUAGUCAAGAACAAAUGAAUUGUAGUUAGUGAUGGCUUCCAGGUCCUGAGACUUGUUCAGGGAAAAUCAUCUAAAACUUGGGAGGGGCAUACAUAAGCAUGGAAUGGAGUGGUGCUUGUAAACUUUCAUGAGCAGCUAAACUCAGGUAUAUAUUUGGGGAAGGAACUACUCAUGGUAUUGUCUUUGGAGCUGGGUCCAGUUUACAGAAUUUUCACGUUGCCUUUUAAAAUAAUUUUUGUUGGUGAUGGUGAAUGUAUGUACAUAAACUGGGAAGGUGGGUAGGAACCUGGAAAAAAUGGAAGUCCUAACUGUAGUGGGCACACCACAGUGGAGUGAUCCUUAUCUGUUUACAAUCACAUCACACUGAAUAUUUGGGGAACUAGAGAAGAGGGUAGAAAAGAAACUCUUAUAAGUCACUGUGUAUUCCUCAGUGGCCAGCUGUCCUUUAAGAGUAAAGAGGCUUUCUUUCCAAUCAGCCCAAGAGAGUUUUAGUCCACUGCCCCCUAACUGUUCAGUUUCUCAGUUCAGAGGCAGUCUCUCACGGCCUUCUAGAAGUUUCCGCCCAGAAGACAGCCUGCCCUCUUGUCUGGUGGCUCAGGUCUUAGACUGGGAGAUCAGUGCCCUUCCUGGUUUGCCACCAGCUCUACCAGAGCUGUAAACCAAUUUCUGGAAUUGGUCCCCUGCUGGGACUGUGAUCUGGAAGGCAUCACACAAAGCUUUCUGGCACAAAUCACAUUUUGUGGAAGUGACUACUCAGGUUUGUAUAUGUUAGUAUCAAUAAAGAAAUUGCACAGUUUUGAAUAGGGAAAAUGUAUUCUAUAGGUUUACAGUUGGAAUUUAGGAAUAUUUCACUAUAUAUAGUCCUUAUUUUAAAUGUAAAAUAAGUCAUGGUGGUUUAAAAUAGCUAUCAAGAACAAGUUUCGGGGAAUCGUUUGUCGUAUAUGUUAUAGGAAACAAUUUUACAGUGUUAAAUUACUUUAUUACAGUUUUAGAAGUGAAUUACACUGGAUUCUCCCUGUUUAGCAUUCUGUAUUUGAUUUUAGUUGAGAUGCCACCAAAGUUAGGGCUUAUAUAAAUAUCCCACAAAGGAAGAACUAAUGAAAAUGCCCUGAAAUUAAUAGAUUUUUUUUAAAGAUUAGCAUAUUUUUAAGCAUGCCUUUGGAAUAGUGGAAAAGCUACCAAGGUAUAUUAAUCUGUCCUAUUUACUUAUAAAUUCAUCUGUGUGAAGUGCCAAUAGAACCUUUCACUCCAAUAUCCUGAUGAAAUGUGAAACUGUCAUUUAAAGUUUUCUAAACAUAUGCUAUCCUUAGGAAAAGAAACAGAUUGGAAACAUUUAUGUUAUACAAAUGGGCCCCAAGACACAGCUCCAGUAUAAGGGAAAUUCAUACACAUAAAGGCAUUCUUGUUGACCUGGCAGUGUGGCUCAUGGCUCAGGCAUGACUGAAUUGAGUAGAGAACACAGGUGUCUGCCUCUAAGAUACAAUGGACAACAAUAUGAAUUUUUCUCUAACAGGCUUUAAUUUUAAAUUUGAUAUGCUUUUAAGUGGAAUGAGUUUGGAGGCUAUGUUCUCAUUCUAUCCUAAUUUUUGUUAGAAACAUAUUGUGGGCAUAAUCUGGUUUAGAGAAAUGCAGAGGUCAACAUUCUCUGCAAGAAGAGCAGAUUAGAAGGUUUGUGGGCAGGUCUCCGCCAGCCCUUAAGCUAGUUAGUGUGGAAGGUAGCAUGGUGGAAGUAUUAUUACUUCUGUUUCUGUGUAUGUGCAAAAGCAGGAAGGAGAGGGAAAGACCAAUUGGUCUGGCUAGACCUGGUCUUAGCCCAGAGCAUUCUGUCACUGACAGCCUUUCUCUUUUUACAUGAAAGCAGAUUUGAGUGAGAGGCCUUUUCUCCUUCCUGAACUAGGAACACACUAACUGUAGGUACUCUUCCUUGAUGCUAAUGCUGUAGGGAUUGUUUUGUGCUGAACUCCCUGGAGCAUGGAUAGGAGAAGAGUGGAAGCAAUAGUUGGCUGAUAUGUACCCUUUCCUUCCGCCCUGGUUGCAUUUGAGCAGCUGUGUACACACUGCUUAAGGUAAUUGUAAUCCUUUCUUCUCACUCCCAGCCCUUUAUCUAUCCCCUAUUGUUAGAAGCUGUGAAGAGUAUAGGGAAAAAAUCAGUAAAUUCUUUUAUCCUUAAUCUUCCUUCUUGCUAAUGUAGAGAGGUGAGGAAAUAAUUAAGGCAAAUGAUAGGAAAUUGAACUACUGUAUUAUCACACUGUGAAAAGGGGCAACAGAAACAUGUCAGCCUUGCUGCAUCCUGUGUGGAAAUUUGGUUGUGCGUUACAGGUACUUCAUCCCUGUCUGGUAUAUCCUGAGCUUUAACUGGCCUUUGAAGUGCAGAUAUUCUAGAAGCCAUCAAGAGCUGUAGGAUUAUAGGAGUACCUAUGAUAAACUGCUAUAGGCUGCUCAUCCACACUUUCCCCUAGCAGGCUCUUUUUUUCUGACCUUUUCUUUCUCCUCUGGCACUCUUUCCAAGUGUCUUAAGCAGAUGCAUUUGCCAUCUUCUCCAUUAGGGAAUGAAUGGUGAUCAUGUAACAUGCUAUACUAGACAGUGGAGUGUAAGGAGAUCCUAAGAAGUUCUGCUCUCGGGCUAGAAGGACUUACACACUGGAUCACUGCAGCCUUGUCACGGUGCUGGUGCUCAGUAGUCCCUAAGGAGGUCAGCUGCACUCUGAAGGAUGAGUCUCACACCUAUUUGAUUUUAUAUUAAUGGCUAACCUUUAUUGGAGUUGGUAAUAUUUCCCCAAGACCCAAUAGAAAUAAAACAUCCAGAACGAAAAGGAGAGCCUUUUGAAAGAUUUCUGGUUUGGAUGUUUUUUCCCCCCUCAGAGUCUGUUCAUUUAAAAAAUUAGCUAUUGGCUAAAAUUUAUUAUGGUAUGCAUUUGGAGAAUAAGGAAGGACAAAAUAUGCAGAUUCUUGUUCAUAGAAUUUUUCCAUCCCAAUUUUUAAAAAUAAAAUGUGAAGUCACUCCAUCUCUCCUUAGGUUGGUUAGUUCUUCUGAUCGUUUAUAUGAGCUUAUUAACAGUGAGCCCAACAGCUGCUCUCAAAAGGCAAACUUUUCCAUGCUCAUCUUCAUUUUUUGUGGUAGUUUGUACCCUUUAGUCCAGUCAAACCUCAGCAUGUGAGUGUCAACUUGCCCUAGCCUAGUCCUCAGACCUUGGAAGUGCUUGUCCUGACUAACCAUUUGGUGUCUGUGGCACUUAUCUGCUGUAUCGUUAUUUAUACUAACUGUUACUGUCCAAAACACAAAAUUUGUUGGUUGAACUUUUUUUUUUGCUUUUUUUUUUUUUAAUGGACUUUCAAAUCUAGAAAUAAUAUACUGCUCUUAAGACCUGCUUUGAAACUUCACAGGAAGUCUUAAUCCAGCAGUCCCAAAGCAAGGACAGUUACAUAGCGUCAGAAUCCUGACAUUCUUUCAGAGAAACUAUUGUUAAGGAAAUGAAAGGCUUAAAGUUUUCUAGCAUUAUUGCCCCCCUUUGUGUCUGUCAGUCCAUUUGCUCUCCCCUCCCCCCCACCGGAUUCUGCAUGGAGUCCAGUUUGUAAGAAUGAGUGAAGGACUGUUCAACCCUGGGGCUUUCUGGGGUGCAGUAUUCCUGCAGACAGCACUGUUCAACACUACAGUGAGAAGAUAGUUGGAAUUUUGGUUGAGCAUGCAGGGGCUCACAUCACUGUCUAGGAAGCAAGACUGUCUAGGAGGCUUUCUGUGUGAGAAGAACAGACCCCCUUUUUCUUUUUGGGUGGGUUGGAAUCUACCAUGCAUCCUUAGGACACUGAGCCAUGUCAUCUCUCCUAUGAAUCUGUGCGCAAGCUUUGUCUGCAGGCUGAGUGUUUAUCCCUCUCUGCUUUGUAGGACCUUUGCUAAACAGACUUUUGGAGAAGCUGUCUCCUGGCUAGUCUCUUUAAUUCUGCACCAGGGAUUUACUGAACCUUUAUGUAGAGAUGCCUGAUAACCAACUAAUUUUCCUGUGCAUUGGGGUUGGAAACGGGUAUGGAUAUUUAAUAAGUUACUGAAAAUGCUGAGCCCUGUUCAGACACUGUGGGACCCCCUUUCCAUAGCUGGGAUCAGGCACCUCACCCUCCUGCCUUGCACACAGCUCCUGGGAGCCCAGGCCAGUGUCCACUAGCCUGUGGCACACAGGGUCAGGGAUUCUUUGUGCCUGCUGCAAAGGCUCUGAACUUUGCUGACCAAUACUGGAAAGGGGAAUGGUAUUUAUUUUUAUAUUGUGUAUAUUUUGUCGUGCUCUGCUGAUUCCCUGUUUAAGAGCGACACUUACCUCAAUAGUUAGUUCAAUAUUGUGUGUUGGAUAAUUUUUGGAAAGAACUUUUUAAAAAGCUUUUUCAUCUUUGGAGGUCUGUAGAUUUAUUUCCAUAUGAACUGGUUAUUUUGUAUAAAGUACAUUCUUAAAAUAGCAAGUCUCUGAUGUGUGUGAGUUGUGUGUGUCUGUGUGUCACUUUUAUUAUCAAGGCAAACUCCCAUCAAAACAGAGGUUCAU